UACCGUGAUAUAAUGUAUGUAGAGACAAAGACACUGAUUAAAAUGUGUGAGCGGUGUUAACAGAGUUAACAGAACAUAGUCUGAGAGUGGGAAACGCUUAUCCAUUUUGAAAUAUGAAGAGACCUUUUGAGUCGCUUGUAAAGGAACGUUCUGCUUCGGGAUGUGAUGAAUCGGCACAAAGAACUUUUAAAGAUCUGGUGUGGUGCAAGAGCUGAGGGAUGAUAUCUCAUAGCAAAGGGUUCUACGGCUCAGCUGUCUUUAGAAAGUUUCCUGUCAUCGCCCCCUAGUGUGUGAUCUGAAGAAGUGUCCUGCAAUGGAGAAUAGCAUCGAGCCAGGCAUGAACUGGGAGAUCGUGACCCACUACAACCACUCAGGCAAGUGGAUCCGGCCGCGCAGCGUGGGGAUCUGCAAGAUGGCGGUCCUGAUCCUGAUCUGCGCUCUGAUCGUCUUGGAGAACGUGACGGUGCUGCUGGCGCUGUGGCGCAACAAGCGCUUUCACAGCCGCAUGUACUUCCUCAUCGGCAACCUGGCACUGUCCGAUAUGCUGGCAGGCGUGGCGUACGCCGUCAACAUCUUCACCUCCGGCCGCAACACCUUUUUCCUGAAGCCCUGGCAGUGGCUGGCGCGGGAGGGCAGCAUGUUCGUGGCCCUGAGCGCUUCCACCUUCAGCCUGCUGGCCAUUGGCAUCGAGAGGCACAUGACCAUGGUGCGCCUGCGUCCGUGCGAGGCGGCUGGCCGCGGCCGUCUCCUGGGCCUGCUGGGCGCCUGCUGGCUGGUGUCGGUGCUGCUGAGCGCCUUGCCCAGCCUGGGCUGGAACUGCCGUGGGCAGCUGGGCGCCUGCUCCACCGUCCUGCCGCUCUACGCCAAGAGCUACGUGGCCUUCUGCAUCAGCGUCUUCAGCGCGCUGCUGCUGGCCAUCGUCAUCCUCUACAUCCGCAUCUACAGGCUGGUGACGUCCAGCGGGCGACGGGUGAGCGGACGGCCGUCGGAGCGGGCGCUGGCGCUCUUGCGGACGGUGGUGAUCGUGCUGGGCGUGUUCGUAGUGUGCUGGACGCCGCUCUUCUCGCUGCUGCUGGUGGACGUGGGCUGCUCGCCGCAGCGCUGCCCGCUCCUCUACGAGGUGGACUGGUUCAUCGCGCUGGCCGUGCUCAACUCGGCACUCAACCCGCUCAUCUACACACUGUCCAGCCGCGAGAUGCGCGCCGCCUUCUUCCGCCUGAUCUGCUGUUGCGGCUGCCAGUCUUCGCUAGAGCCGCCACCGCCCACCGUGCCUGGUCUCAACAUCCCCGGCACACCCAUCCCCACCAUGGAGAACAGCAAGUCCAGCAUCGGGCCGGCCAAAUCAACGCUCCUCAGAGGCAAGGUCCCUACGCCCCAGAACUCGCACCAUCAGCCCCCAGACCCUCCACCCUCUGGUACUCCUGCGCGCACCGGCAAGGGUGACCUUCUCUCAGUGGUCCUUGUCAAAGCUGGCGCCUUGCCCUCUCUAGGAAAAUUAUGACUCCAAGGUCAGCAGACUUUCACUGUUAUGUGACAUGGUACCUGUGAUUCCACAGCGUUUGGUGGGACCGAGGAUGCGGAGGACAGUCGGGGUGUCUUGAUCCUGUGGAGAUGUUGAUUUGACUCAUGGAGGUGUGGAUGAUUCUGCAACUUAGACGCCAUGGAAGGUCAGUGCUGUCUUUCUACCAGAGACAAGAGAUGCAGCAGGACUUGUGAUGCUCAUUCACAAUAAGGGCUCAAGAGUCAUAAGAACCGGUUGGGGUCAGGGGUACUGUUCUGAAGGGCUCGGAAGGGUACAGACUUGAACUCAGCUCAACUCAGUAUGUAGCCACUACGUUUGUGCAUUUACCAGCAUUGGAACGGAGGAACUAAUUCACAGCACUAGACUAUAUAAGAACUGAACUGUUUUCAGAAGGAAGGAGUUCUGGAAUUCAUUGCAUCGCCAAAAUGCAUCUGAAUACAAGACUUCAGAUCAAAGACCAAGCAUAAGGCAUUUGAAGAACAGCCUAUGUUGGCACUUGCAUCAAACACUCAAAGAAUAAUUAUACAAAGCUCUGGGGUAUUCAGCAGAUUUCCGAUUCAUUUUGAGUUAAAAUCUCAGAUAGGCCAGUUACACAGACAUUGAUUACGCCUGGUCCCGGACUAAAAGCUCUCUUUUCAGUGGAGAACUAAAUAGAAGGUCUCUUAUAGUCGAGGACCAAGCUUAAUCUUUGUCCUGGAAACUGUUCUGGGUGAGCAGUUAAGCCUUUGCCACGAGUUUGUACAUCUUUGAACAUGCAACACAGCCUUCAUUUGAGUUGGUGUAAAUUCAGUGUGUUGGGCUCCAGGGUUAACUACAGAUGCAACCUUGUAACAAAAUGUACACAAUUAGAGGAGCAUUCAAUGCAUGUAUUUGCCUUACCUAUACCACAGCAUAUUUAUUUUACCUGAGGAUAAAAACUGUCAGUAUUAUUCAAAUAUUUUAAUCCACUAUAAUGGUACAGCAAACUUAAGUAAAAAAAUAAAAUAAAGUGUUUCUGAGAUGAGUGUGAGAUAAAUAAGGAUAAAUAUUACUCUUCUCACACCCUGGACUCUAAUUUAAAUGAAAGGCAAAGUGCAAAGUCUAAAUAAAGUUAAUUUAAUAACUGGCCUAUAUCUAUUUGCUAAUUUGGUACCAUGAACAAGAUUGAUAGCACAAACAUCAGUGGGCCCUAUCGUGUACCCGGCGCAAGGUGCGCGAGGAUUAUUCUUAUCUUAAUAAAGUGAGGAAUUUUUCGGGCAGUUGUCUACACAUAUCCAACCCCUACCGUGGCAAAACGUUGACAUGUGAAUACAUUAAGCCAAUCAUGUGUUGUAAUCUCGC